AUGUCCGAUCCGGAAAAAGACGACAGGGUCGGCAGAUCCUCCCCACGCGAUGAUUCUGCAGACAUGACCAAGGAAAGGAGGAGCGAAGACAACGACCGCGACAUCGAACGCCUGAACAGCGGCAGCUCCUCGUCGACCGGCCAUAGCCUCACGGGCUCGGAAUUCAGCGAUGAUCACGACGGCCACCGCCCGACAAUGGGCGAGAUCCACGCUACAUGCUCCCACAGAAGCCAGAGCCGCCAGCGCAGCCCAGCUCGAAGCCGUGCGCGGGCAGGAACAAUUGGCACCGAGCUCAGCCAGGUCGUGUCUCGCCGCGAGACCGUCAUGUCGAGGAUUCGCUCCCGGCCCGUUCCCCAGUUCACACACCCUCUCGAGCACAUCCCGACGACGGCUGAGCACCUGGUUGAGUUCGAGGGCUCCGACGACCCCUACCACCCCCUCAAUUGGACUACCAAGAAGAAGGUCCUCACGACGUUGCUGUACGGGCUCAUUACCAUGUCUGCGACCUGGUCCUCGUCGGCGUACUCCGUUGGGACGCAGCAGGUCUCCCGCGAGUUCCACGUAGGCAUCCAGGUGGCCAACCUGGGCACCACUCUGUUCUUGUUUGGGUUUGGUAUUGGGCCGCUCCUCUGGGCGCCCUUGAGCGAGGUGUUUGGGAGGAGAGUGGCCGUCAUGGUGCCGAUGGUAGCAUCCAUCUGCUUCACGUUUGCGAGUGGAGCAUCCAAGGACUUGCAGAGUCUGAUGAUCACUCGUUUCUUUGGCGCCUUCUUCGCCUCUGCGCCCGUCACCAACACGGGAGGUGUGUUGGGCGAUAUGUUUACAGCCUCGUCGAGAGGGUUCGCAAUGGCAGGUUAUGCCAUGGCCGUUGCCCUAUUGUUUCUGCUGCCUUGGUGCAAGACCCUUCACUGGGAUGGCGCUGGACAGCAUACCUCACCGGCAUCAUCCAAUGCCUUGUCCUCACCCUCGGUGUCAUAUUCAUUGAUGAGAGCUACCCCCCCCAGGCUGCUCGUCUUCAAGGCCCGUCGCCUACGCCACGAGACCGGAAACUGGGCUCUACAUGCCAAGUUCGAGGAAUGGGAUGUCAGUGUAGUCGAAAUGGCGAAGAAGUUCCUUGUCCGCCCGCUCCAACUUCUCAGCACUCCCAUCUGCUUCCUAGUCGCCUUGUACGCCAGCUUCACCUAUGGUAUUCUUUACAUGCAGCUCGGCGCCAUCCCCAUUAUAUUUGGCGAGCUACGCGGCUGGAGUCCCUUUGUCUCGACCCUCCCCUUUAUCUGCAUCUUCCUCGGUGCCAUCGUCGGAUGCGCCGCCAACGUCUUCAACCAGCUUCUCUACAAUAAAGCCUACCACGCCGCCGGGAACCGCCCAGUCCCCGAGAUGAGGCUCCCCCCCAUGAUGGUCGGGUCCGUGGUCUUCAGCGCCGGCCAGUUCAUGAUAGGAUGGACGGCCCAGCCCUCGAUCCACUGGAUCGCCCCCUGCGUCGGCCUCGUCCUGCUCGGCGCGGGCUUCUUCACCAUCUUCCAGGCCGCGCUCAACUACCUCGUCGACACCUUCACGGCCUACGCCGCGUCCGCCGUCGCCGCCAACACGUUUCUACGGUCCUGCUUCGCCGGCGCGUUCCCCCUCGUCGUGGGGCCCAUGUUUCACAAUAUUGGCGUCGGGCCUGGGUCCAGCAUCACUGGCGGGUUCGGCGCCUUGCUGAUCCCCGUGCCCUUUGUGUUCUACAGGUAUGGGAAGCGGAUUCGGGCGCGGUCCAAGUGGUCCAAGGGCUCGGUUUACGAUUGA